UCUGUGGUGCAGAGUCGCACUUCGGUUUUGUAACCUCCGUAGGAAGUCCUUCCUCAAAAAAGAAAACGGAGGGAGUGCGGAAGUCAAACAGCUACACAAAGGACGCGUGAACUGCAUAAACAGGGCACAUUAAAACAACCAUCCGAGCUACAGUAUGGCCACAGAAACGGUCUACAACGCCACAACAACAGUGCAGGAGCCCAAAUCCAAAAAAUGGUUCAUCGUGCCGUCAGAGAACCUGGACAAAGUUAGAUUCGGGAUAAAAGUGGUUGAAGUGCUCCUUUCGUUUGUGGCUUUUGUGAUGGAGGAGGUCGUGUCCAACUGUACGGAAUGUGGACCUCUCUACUUUUUUGAAUUUGUCAGUUGCACAGCCUUUCUCUUCACACUGUUGCUCCUCAUCCUCCUGGCCACAACGUUGCACAGGAGAGUUGGAAUUAACAGCUGGCCUACUCUGGAUUUUGGAUACACAACAACCAUGGCAAUCUUAUUCCUCCUUGCCAGCAUUGUGUUUGGGGCAGGCAAUGGUAACACGGCUCUGGAGCAGGGCGCAGUGGCAUUUGGCUUCCUAGCCACGGUGGCCUUCUGUGCUGACUUUGGUUUGUUUAUAAAGUAUCGUGGUACUCCUUGCCAAAAGAGAAACAACCAACAAGCAGACCAAGCACCCAGACCAGAGAGUGAGAAACUUAAUGCUAAUGGAGCUGAAUCAAACUGAAGCAUGUGACCAGCAGUCUGGUGUUGUAUACGAAAGCUUUUCCCUUUUGAUAAUUUUUUUGUACAUCAGAAAUAUUUUUACCCAAAGCAAAAAAAUAUUUCCAUUUCGGUCAGUUGCUAACUGGCACGUUGAACCAGUUUUUUAUUGUGCCUGAAUUAUUUUUAUAUUUUUCUUAAGUCGUAAUUUCACUAAACAACAUUUGUGCGGGUCGAUUUCUCACACAGAUAUCCUUUAUAAAACAAACAAAAAAUAUUUUGGCCGUACUGAGUGUUGUUUUGUAUGAUUUAAGAAAAUUUAAGUCAUCAUAUCCUUACUGGAGUGUAUGUGCUGCACAGUUUUAGACAAUUUAUACUUACGAAUUAACAAGUACAAAGAGAUGCACUGUAUUUCUUAAAGAAGUACUCAUUCCUGAUUGUUUUUAUAAUUAUAUAUGCAUUCCUGAAAUAAUAUAUUUUGAAGAAAAAUCAGGGUUUGAACAUUGAUUUAUUAUUAUCUGUUUUACGGCACAGGAAUAUGAAUAUAAUAUUGGAUAAGAGGCUCAAAAAAUCAUGAAAUUUUUUAACACUUGCACUGUAAACACAAAUGUCCUUAAAUCAUUUUUACUGUAAAGAUGUUUAGUGAGCUGUUGAAAUAAAUGUGGUGACAGCAGGAUGAAGAUGUUAUGGCCCUGUGAUUAUCAUGUUUUGCUGUGCAAGGGACGUCAGGGGUGUACAGUCAUAGAUUUUUUUGUUUUUUUUUUUUAUUGAAAUGUCAUUUUUAUAUUGUGUGAAGCUAGAAAGUUGUAUAUUUUCUUUUGUGCUUUAUCUUGUUCCGUGUGAGCCCAGAUGUGUGUUAAUCUAUGAACGUGAAGCGUUAAUUCUAAUUGAAGUUUAACACCCUUUCCAGACAGAUAUUUGUCUUUAUUUGGAGGUAUGUGCGUUUAGGCCUAAAUGUGUUUGAUUAAAUGCCCGCAGAGAUGUACGGACUGCAAGUUUUGAGACACUAAUCUGCCUUACGCUUCCACCCUCCUGACUGCUGCUUUCUGUGUUAAUUAAGCAUUGUGUAAUUUUUUUUAAAAUCCUGAUAUUGUGUUGAUGCUUUGAAAAUAGCCACUAUUAAUCAUUUUUAAAAUAUAGAUCAAUCAUCUGGUUAGAUUUAAUUAUUGCGAAGGGUUGUAUGAUUUUUAAAAUGCAAAGACUAGUGGGUCUGUUUGAAUACCAGCAUUGUUUCUGUGAAAAGUCACAUGGAACAUUUUACAACACUGUUUUUGUAAACAUCUUUCCAUUCCAGUUAAGCAAUAAAUAGCUCCUGGGCUCUGAUUAUCAGA